AUGAAUUUCAUUUCUGCCUGCGUUCUAGUGUUUAUGCCGCUAACGCUACUCGUCGCGACUGUUCCUCGAAGUGUAUCAUCUGCCCCCGCGUUCCGCGGCGGAUGGGGCGCAGAAUCUCUCUUGACCCAGCACGGAAUCUCGCGUCGCGGCGAGAACCGUACGAGCAGUGAAGAUGUUAUACGCGUUUCCGUGCGCGGCCGGCUAGAGCCGUUUGAGUUUGCGUUUACGGGAAGGCCCAGUGCGUCGAAUUCGCGUUCGCAUCUCGCUGCGUGCGAGAGAGUCGGCGCUCCGACAGAUUACUUCGAACGCUCCUACCCCGGGGGCUGGUUCACGUGGUAUGGACCCAUCCUCGACUCGCGCGUCGAGGCGUCCGACCUGCCGGCUUUAGUCUCCUCGCGCGAGCGCACCCACGUGCCGGCCUUCAUCACCGCAUAUGCCAUCGCGUCCCCUCGCCCGCUCGUGUAUUUCUCCAUCCUCUGGCAACCCAACUCCAAAUCCCACGGCUGGGUUGUGGUGGAACUUGAGCGGAGGGGGCAAAGCACCGCCAACAUCCUCGCAGCGCUCUUAUCACUAGCGCUUCUUGCAGCGGCCCUUCCUCGUCACGUGUCCUCAUCCCCCGCGUUCCGCGGCGGAUUCGGCGCGGAUUUCCACCUCGCCGCUGCUGACGCUCCAUUCCGCGACGAGAACCUUCCUCGAAGGAACCUAUCCGACGGUGGUACCGUAACGGCGCGUGUAACGCCACUGGUAUUUUCGUCGCACGGAAACUACAGCGCGCCGAGCCGCCUAAGAAUCCGCAAGUUCCGCACGAGUGCCCCCACGGAACGCGUGCCGUCAGAAAUCAACGGAGCUGAGCCCAGCUACUUCGAGCGCAAGUACCCAGGGGGGUGGUUCAGCGCGGGGCCCAUCCUUGACUCGCGAGUCGAAUCCUCAGACCUGCCGGCUCUACUCUCCUCGCGCACGCGCUCCCACGUGCCGGCCUUCGUCAGCGCAUACGCUGUCGCGUCCCCUCGCCCGCUCGUCUUCUUCUCCAUCCUCUGGCAGCCCAACUCCAAGUCGCUGGGGUGGGUGAUGGUGUUCAAUCUCAACGGCCAGCAGUUGCAGGACGCUCUGCACCACUACAUCUCCUCGGGCUAUAAGCCCUCUCAGGUGGAGAGCUACUACGUGGCAGACCACCACGGGCUGUACUACGCCGCCAUCUUCCUUGCUGACGUGGCAUGGCCAGCUGGCAGCUCCACACGGGUGGAGGCCGUGUUCGGCGUCCCUCACGACGCCUCCUAUUGCUGCGGUCCCUCCUCGCGAUGGCUGCAGUUACAGCGACAGGGCUACACCCCGUUGAGUGUAUCGUUCACGGAGGACCCUUCCUCUCAGAAGGUGUAUGUAGCAGAUUUAUGGAACGAUGCUCCCAGCAGGGGCGGCUGGCAGGGCGGGGUGGCCAAGACACAGGCGCAGCUGCAGCAGGCGCUCUCCCAGCUGCUACCUCCCCUGGUUCCCACCUUCCUCAAGGCGUACACUGUUGGUUAUCAGGUCUUCUAUGCAUACAUCGCCCGGGCCUCACCCUCCUCUCCUCCCCGCUCCACCCUCACGACUGACGUCAGUCGCAGCGCCUUUGAGCUCCUAGCUCGCUCCCUAAAACAGCCGCCUCUCCUUGUGUCCUCCUACGGGCCGAUGGAUGGGGGGGCUGGGGAGAGCGAUGCUCCUGGGUCGGGGGAGAGGUAUGCUGCACUGUGGCAGACAGAUGGGGAUCAAGUGAACCAUUUCGCCCGCGAGGGCUAUUAUCCCUCUCAGGUGCGCUCAGGUGCGCUUAGGGGCGCUCAGGGGUGCUCAGGGGUGCUAAGUCCCUUGUACGCCCACUCAGUUGCACCUAUCGAGCUUAGACGCAUUUACUCUGUCACCCACCUUUCUGGAGAGCUAUUACUACAUGGCGGCGAAGACAGGCCAUCACUGACAACUGCCGCCCAUCCUUGCCGCCCGGUCCAGAUGGAGAGCUUUUACGCGACGACCCCCGAAUACACCGGGCUGUACUGCGGCGGCAUCUUCCAUGCUGACCCAGCGUGGGAUGAAGGCAAACGCACACGGGUGGAGGCCGUGUAUGGUGUCCCUUACAACGCCUCCUACUGCUGUGUGCCCUCCUCAAGGUGGCAACAGCUGGCGCAACAGCCCCUGCAGGGCCUCGCCCUCGGGGACUGGCAGGGCGGGGUAGGCAUGACACUGGCGCAGCUGCAGCAGGCCCUGAGUCAGCUGCCGCCUUCCCUGGUUCCCACCUUCCUCAAGGCGUACACAGUUGGGAAUGAGGUCUUCUAUGCAUACAUCGCCCGGGCCAGCCCUUCAACACACCUCAAUUUCACUCUCACAACCAAUGUCAGCCGCAGCGACUUUGAGCUGCUCGCGAGCUCCCGUGAGCUGCCACCUCUCUUUGUGUCCACUUAUGGGCCGAUGGAUGGAGCGGAUUAUGGGACUGAUGCUCCUGGAGCUCAGAGACCAGACUCCUGGGGAUUUGCGACAAGUCAAAUGCUCCGCCUCGCCGUUGUGACGUUUGUGCUAUUAUCGAGUUCACUCUUAACGAGGACGCAAUCAGUGUGCAACCGUCAAGCCGUCGUGUACGUGACGGAAACCGGCACCGCGACUGGCUGCUGCGGAACAGCUCAGAGGCCGUGUGGCUCUCUCGACCUCGCCCUCACCAACGCGAAUCUCAAGGGAGCGACGAUCUUAUUGGUCAACGGCACCAUCCCCAUCUCCUUCUCCGCGCUCUCCGCGCCCCUCGCGCUCGGCGGCUACUCCCUCACCAUAGCCGCGGGCUCCCUCUCCUCCCCCUCCCCCACGCCCCCCGGUAAAAUCACAUCCAAGCCGCUCAUCAACUGCAAGAACGGGCCCUGCUUGAGCGCCGUUUGUGCCUCUAACGGGGGUGCAGGAGGUGCCGCUCCUGCUGUGCCGUGCGCGCAGGCGAGUGUGACUAUACAGGGGGUCGCUGUGAUGAGCGGGCUGAAUCGGGUGGCUGGAGGGGGGUGCUUGGAAGCGGCGAACCAGAAGGUGACUCUAACGAGCGUUGAUUUCGCGAGCUGCAUCGCGUAUCUUAACGGCGGCGCAGUCUCCGUGUCAUCAUCCAAAGAUGUGACUAUGACGGGCGUGACUGUGUUCGACUCGAAGGUCACCCAAGGGGGCAUUGAUGGUGGUGGUGGCGGCAUUGCCAUUUUCUCGUCCAAGGCAACACUCUCGGGUCUUGACAUUCAGUCAUGCCACGCGGACGAGAGCGUGGGAGGCGGAAUCGCCAUCUACUCUACCACGCUCUCCCUCUCCUCCUCCUCCAUCUCCGAAUGCUCCUCUCGCUUCCUGGGCGGCGGUCUCGCUUCCUCCUCCUCCAAAGUCACACUCAAAUCCGUCCAAAUCACCAGCACCAACGGCAGCUCCGGGGGGUGCUUAUCCGACGCCUCCUCUCAGUCUCUCUCUGUCCAAACCUCCACUUUCUUUGGGUGUUUUGCCGCGUCGUCCCGGGAUUAUGCUCCUUAUAGCGACGACCCGUCAUACGGUGGCGGAUUUUUCCUUAACGGGACAGUAUCUACAGUGGUUCUAGACUCCACUAUUGACUCUACUACGUCUGUGUAUGGCGGAGGCGGGAUCUACGCCAUGGGCACGAGCUCGAUCUCAAUCCAACGGUCCACAAUCACCCGCUGCACGAAUUACAUGGAGAGCGGGACAGGCAUUGGUGUGGAUUGUUGGAACCUGGAAACAAUCACAGGGAGCGUGGAGUUAAUUGAUAGUAAUAUCCUGGAUAAUACGGGGUAUUCGGAGGUUAAUCUCGGGGUCGGGGUGUAUUUAUCAGAUGUCAAUGCGGUGGUGCGCGGUUGCAAUAUCUCGGGGAACAAUGGGUUGAUGACGGAGGGGCUUAAAGCCCAGGGAGGGGGCAUCAGCACAAACGUGUAUUCCAAGACGGACGUGACGUUCGAGCUCUCCAACUCCACCGUCAGCAGCAAUUCGGCGUACAUGGGCGGGGGUCUCUACAUUGCAUCGCCGGCAGUCACCAUCACCAACGUGACCUUUGGCUACAACUAUGCAGUCGCUUCGGGAGGUGGAGUGUACUGGCUGGACGGUGGCAGCAUGGCAAAGAGCAGAGUGGAGAGCAACGUGGGGGACAUGGGGGGAGGCGGUAUGGCAGUCAACACGAUCAACCCCAUCACUGUGGACGACUGUGACUUUGUUGCUAACGAGGCUACUACUGGGGAGGGUGGAGGCGUGCUUAUAACGGAGGGCGAAGCCACAGACGUGACAAUAAGCAACAGCCGCUUCUCUCAGAACAAGGCGAUGGCGGCACGAGGAGGGGGUGUGUUCCACAGCGGGACAGCCCUUUCCCUCCUCUUCACCUCCUUCCAAAGCAACUCCGCUGCUAAGGGCGUCACCUCCUCCUCUUUCUCCCUCAACCAUGCUGACCUGGCGGGCGGCGCGGUCUACGCCGCCAUGACCGGCGAAGCGCGAAUCACCGAUUGCCAGCUGUCGCAGAACGACGCGACGACAGGUGGCGGGGUGGCAUUGGAGGAGUAUAGUGUGCUGGACAUGCAGAGGAGCGUGUGUGACGGCAACAAGGCGAUAUCCGGGGGAGGGUGUUUGGCGCUGAUUGACUCUACGUCCGAGGGGAACAGCGCGGACGGGGGUGGGGGGUUUGUCUGGGCAGAAAUGGAUUCUCAGGUGAAUGCAUCGGGCACCACGUUUCGAAAUAAUUCUGCCCGGUUUUACGGUGGAGUGAUCUACGCCGUCCAUUCAGCCAGCGUUGCUCUUACUGGAUCAAAACUGAUCGCAAACAGUGCAGAUUUGGGCGGCGCAGCGCUGAUCGAAGGGCGGGCGGUUUUGUCCUCUUUCAACUCGACCUCCACUCUCGCCGGCAACACCGGGAGCAGCGGCGGCGCGAUCUUCUCCGAUGCCCUCGCGACCGUCUCGAUCAACGGCUGCGAUUUCACCUCAAACUCCGCCAGCAAGGGCGCGGGAGCCCUCGCCACUGGCAACUCGUCCCUCUCUGUCUUCCUCUCUAACUUCACUUCAAACGCAGCGUCGUUCGGAGGAGGCGGGCUUUUCUACGAGGGCAACUCUCAGGGAAGCAUAUUGAACUGCUCGUUUGUGGGGAACGACGCCAAGAAGGGGGGCGCGGCUGUGUAUGUGGAUCGGGAGCUCCUCCGGAAGAACCCCUUGGGGGAGAUGACUGACAGCAGCAGUGGUAACGGCACCGGUGACGGCAGCAGCAGCGGCGGCAGCGGCAGCAGCAGCAGCGGCGGCGGCAGCGGCAGUGGGGAUAGUGGGAGUGCGGGGGGGUCAUCGGAGCCAUCUCUACCGCCGGCUGUAGCACUGAGCAACAAGCUGACAUGCACGAAUGUGGUGUUUGAAGGCAACGCCGCGGUGCCCAGCCAGGGCGUGGCGUUCUUUGACACGUCCUUCUGGCCGGGCGUGCGCAUCACGUGCGCCGAUGCUGACAGCACCAAGCGGGACACCAUCGGCACGCCCCCCACGUCCUUCUCGCUCAUGUGGGAGAAGAAUGUAAUGGAAGGGGGUAACGCCACGGACACCUCGCAGCCGUUCACAGUGAUGGGGGACACGCAGACGCCCAUCGUCAACAUCACAGUCACCAUCCUAGACGCCUACGGCAACGUUGCCACCGACGACUUUUCUUCUAUUAUCGCCAUUCAGCCCGACCCGCGCAUCUCCGGUCUCCUCCGCGCCACCGCGCUCCACGGCCGGGCGGUCCUGCCGCCCGUUUCCCUCGUCCUGCCGCCCGAAGAGGCCGCGAAUUUCACCCUCCCGAUCACCGUCAGCAGCCCGACGGACGCGUACCCGCCAAUCACGCGCGAGCUCGAAUUCGGGUUGUGCGAUCCCGGGAGCUAUUUCUCCCCGGAUGACCUUGCUUGCCUGCCUUGCGAGGUGGGGUUCAAGUGUCCGGCGGGGCAGGGGUCGGUGGUGUGUGAGGACGGGACGUUCAGUUUUCUUCCAGCUGCGAGCGAGUGCGUGACUUGCGCGAAUACAGUCACGAUUUUUGGGGACAAUGCUAUGGAUUGCAGCAAUGGGACCUGCACGAUCGCUGCCGAUUUCUGGUUGGACCCGGGGAGCGUUGACAGUGACAACCCCGCGGUCUACUACUGCGACGUGUCGAAUGGCUGUGCGGGAUUCGAGUACGCGUCCCCCAACGACACGCAGUGUGCUGAGGGGUACAAUCAGAACCGCCUCUGCUCCAUGUGCUCCGAAGGCUACUACUCAGUCAUCGGCACGUGCUACCAGUGCAUCCCCUGGAUGGAAACUCUCUUCUGGUUCUUUUUCGUGCUCGUGAUCCUGCUGUGGGUGGCGACGGCUAUCUUUUCUGACCGCUUCCACUCAGUGUCGAUGAUGAACAGUGAGCUGCAGAUCCUGGCAGUGCUGGGGUCGGUGGAUCUGCAGUUCCCCGACUGGGCCCGGAAAGUCGUGGAGCUUUCAACACUCAGCCUCUUCUCUGUGGACAUUCUCGGCCCGGACUGCAAGGUCUCCUUCCCCUUCACGUCCCGCUGGGCGCUCACCAUGAUAGUCGCUGCAGUGGGUCUGGCCGCCUACGCGCUGCUCUUCGCCGUGCAAGGCACCCUCCGCCGCUUCUUCCCCUCACCCGCCCACUCCCAGUCGCACGGCCACGCCGGGGGGAAGGGAGGGGAGAAAGGGGGGGAGGUCGGGGGGGACAAGCCGUCAGCAAACCCACCUGCCCCGCUGGAGGAUAUUUAUAUUCACGGGGCGGCCAACUGGCUGGACGUGUGCUACCUGCCCGUCACCGUGCGCUGCUUCCAGGCCUUUUCCAAGAGCACCUAUGAUGAAGUGGUCAUGACCUUCUCCCCAACGGACCUGUGGAGCAGCAGCGCGCGCAUCACACUGUUUGCGCUCGCCAUCGCCGUCACCAUUGUCUUUGUGGCCGGCGCGCCCAUCUACUACGCGCUCACCAUGCUCUACGGCAAGAAGCAGAAGCUGCUGGACACGCGGGCGUUUCGCGCGCGCUGGGGGUGGAUGGUGACGCGAUAUGAGUACCGCUAUUUCUACUGGCACCUCAUGCUGUUCGCCAGGCGGAUUCUGGUUGCGGCUCUCUUUGUCUUCCUCAUCGACUCGCCUCCGGUUCAGAUGACUGUGCUCUUCCCCGUGCAAGUCAUUCUCAUCGGCCUCCAGCUCGCCGCCUCCCCGUUCGUCGCCUCAACCCACGACGCGUUCGCAGCGAUCCUCAUUGUCGCCGAAAUGAUCUUCAUCAUUGCCACCAUGGGUUUCAACUUCGUGCAGCUUGAAACGCUCCCUAAGAUCGGUUUCGCGCUCGUCAUCGUCGCCUUCUGCGUCCCCACCCUCAUCGUCUUCUCCUACGAGCUAAUCAACCACCUGCUCGUGUGGAAACUCCACGGCGCAGCAAAGAGCCUCUGGGCUUUAGACGACGAAGGGGAGGGCGGGGAGGGAGGGGACGGAGCGACAGGGAAACCUGGAGCAGGGGCGACCAGCAACAAGCCGCCGAAGCAUGUGCGGGAGGGUGCGGUGGAGGUGUCUCCAAGUGAUGUGCUUGACUGGUUCCGCCCGCACAUCGCAGCUAUCAUCCUGCUCCCGGGCCGGGAGGAGGAGCGGAGGCUCCUCAUGAAGGACCUGAACAAGUCGCAGCGCUUUGCCGCGCUGCAUCAGAUUGUUCUGGGUGCGGCGGUGGGGAGGCGCCCUGUUGCCCGCGUGCCCUUCGACGCCCGCGAUGUGCCGGCUAUAUGGACUACGUCCGGUGGGGUUGUUAUCGCUGGUAUGGGUGCUGUGCCUACCCCUAGUGGCGCCGGUGGCGGGGGGGUGGGAGGGCAGGAGAGCGAGGGGAGGGAUAUUGCUGCUGGGGGAGCGCUGAGUUUUCGGUAUGGGGUCGGCAGCACUAGCUUUUACGGCGGGGCGGGCGGCGGUCCGGGCGGCGCAAGCACGCGCGUGCACGACAUUCUCGCGUCCUCGCGGUUCAUCAGCAAGGCGAUGCGGGAAAACGCCAAGACAGACCGCCCGGCGCUGGUGCGCUCGAAGAACAUAUCCAUCAAGAAUCUCCGGCCGCCCAAGCCGCCCCAGCCGCUGCCGCAGGACCUGUGGCCGCCGCCCCUGGAGGAGUGCGCCACGUGGGCGCACGUGAUUGGCCGGCAGCAGGCAGCUCAGAUGGAGAGAGACGCUGCCUUGGCUGAGGGGAGGGAGGAGGAGGAGGAAGAGGAGGAGGAUGAGGGGACUAAGGAAGAAAUGGCCGGGGCCCCUGCUGGGUAUGCAAACGGCGGAUCGGAGAAACCGAACGGUGCUGCUGCCGGUGGUGCUGUGAACGGAGGCGAUACGAAUGGAGAGGGAGAGGAGGAUGAGGAGGACGAGGAGGAGGAAGAGGAGGAGGAGGAAGGGGAGUAUCUGGAGGCGUGGUUGGACAGCAUGGGGAUCUCCCUGGCGUUUCAGCAGAGCUUCUCUCAGCUGACUCUGGUGGAGAAGAAGAGGAAGCCUCAGUCGCUGCGGCGCCUGCUCACGUCUGUCAAGCUCCCGGAUAUUCUCGGCUGGCUGUCGUCCCCCUUGUGCACCACUGCCGACCGAGCUCUGUUUGUUCGUUUGCUAGCGGCCGUGCGGGCGGCGACAGUGGAGGAUGCGGGCGGCCCACGAUGGAGCAAGUGUCUGGUGGUGGCGUUUCAGGGCAAGGCCAACACCACGCGCAAAGUGGCAGCAGCAAGCAAGGACUAUCUGGCAGAAGCAUCGGAGCACACACUGGCAGAGGCAUCUCAGGAGGACUCACCAUAUGGCUACGGCGUCUGA